AAAAACUGGAAGCCUGUGAACCUCUGCCUCUUCUUCGGAGAGCUCCAACUUUGCUGAGAGCCUCCCGGGCUUGCCUGCAACAUGAACCUGCUGUUCACCCUGGGGUUCCAGGGGCUCCUCCUGUGUGUCUGCAUCAUCCAUCUCUCAGCUGCAUCCUUAGAGCAAGAAAAGAACCCGGACUAUUGGAAUAAGAGAGCCCAGCAGACCCUGGAAUCAGCACUCAAGCAGAACCCCAUGAACCACCGGGCCAAGAACAUCAUUCUCUUCCUGGGUGAUGGGAUGGGCGUACCCACCAUCACAGCAGCCCGCAUCUACAAGGGGCAGCUGGCAGGAGGCUCUGGCGAGGAGAACGUGCUGGCGAUGGAGAGAUUCCCCUACGUUGCCUUGUCCAAGACCUACAACGUUGACCGGCAGGUACCAGACAGUGCUGGGACGGCAACAGCCUACUUGUGCGGAGUGAAGGCCAAUGCCAAAACGCUGGGUGUGAGCGCAAAGGCGCUUUAUGGCAAAUGCAACACCACCUUUGGCAAUGAAGUAUACUCCAUCCUGCAUCGGGCAAAACUAUCAGGUAAGUCUGUGGGGAUUGUGACAACCACCCGUGUUCAGCAUGCCUCCCCAGGAGCAUCUUACGCCCAUUCGGUCAGCCGGGAAUGGUAUGGGGACACUGACUUGCCCAAAGAUGGCGUCAAGCAGGGCUGCAAGGACAUUGCCUACCAGCUGGUGCACAACACUGACAUCGACGUGAUCCUGGGAGGGGGCCGGACGUACAUGAUGCCUCGAGAGACCUGGGACCCGGAAUAUCCGAAGGAGAAAGGGUCCAGGAAGGACGGUCUGAACCUCAUAGAAAAGUGGCUGCACAACAAGGAGGGGGCCCAGUACGUCUGGAACAAAACUGCCCUGGAUGCUGUGGAUGAAAAUUCUACAAACUACCUCAUGGGCCUCUUUGAGCGGAAGGACAUGGCGUACGAGUUGAACCGAAACAGCAGCACAGACCCCUCCAUUGUGGAGAUGACUGAGAAGGCAAUUCGCAUCCUGCGCAGGAACCCCAACGGCUUCUUCCUCUUUGUGGAAGGAGGUCGGAUCGACCACGGACACCACAGUGGCACAGCCAAGCAGGCCCUGACCGAGACGGUGAUGAUGGACCGAGCCAUAGAACGAGCCGGUGAGCUGACCAAUGCUUCGGAGACCCUCACCGUGGUAACAGCCGACCACUCACAUGUCUUCACCUUUGGGGGCAGCACGCCGCGUGGCAACAACAUUUUCGGUCUAGCACCCAAAAAGGCGAUGGACAAGUACUCCUACACCAGCAUCCUCUAUGGGAAUGGGCCAGGCUACACCCUGAAGAACGGCAGUCGGCCAGAUGCAAGCUCUGUGCCCUUUGAGGACAAGAACUACCAACAGCAGGCUGCUGUUCCUCUGGGCUCUGAGACCCACGGCGGUGAGGACGUUGCCAUCAUGGCCCAGGGCCCCAUGGCCCACCUCUUCCAUGGCAUCCAGGAACAGAACUACAUUGCCCACGUCAUGGCCUAUGCGGGCUGCAUCACGCCUUAUCAUGAACACCCCGAGUGCCCAGAAGCGACAAGCCAUUUCCGAUCGGGAGGUCCUGGCCUCUACCAGCACUUCUUGCUCCUUCCCCUUGCUCUUUGGGCAUGCCUCUUCUGGCUACAGAUGUGACAGUGAAAGACCCCCUCUCUGGACUUGGGACAUUUGUCUUCCCAGGGUAUCAUCUGUGGGACGGCAAGGACAUUCUUUGAAGGGGUGUGCAAAGGCUUGUUCAUGGUCAGAUCGGUCCUACACAAACUGGGCGGUUCGAGCGGUUUGACUGCAAACCGCUCCAGACCGGUUCAAGCUGGUUCGUUGAUUCGACCAGCCCAGCUAGUUGGUCCAAUGAAGCAGUUCACAAAGUGGCGAUUUGGUCCAAAUUCGGACCAAACCACCACAUGUGAUUGGUAAACACCCCUAAUUCUUGGCUGUCCCAGACUCUCCCAAAGGGCCCAGUCAAUCAGGAUGUUUUUAUUUUUCUCCCAUGUAUAUAAUUGUAUAAAAUAUUUCUCUCUCUCUCUCUCUCUCUCUCUUACCCACACCACCAAUAAAUAAUUGUUUUAAUUUUCUUUA